AUGGCUCAAGCAAUCUCAGCAACAGAGCGGCGACCAUCUGUCCUCCAGCUGCUUAAGAGAUACCACAUCAUUACUCUCCCACGACAGCAGCUUGCAAGCAUGCUUCCACCUAUCCGGCCUCGGCAGUACUCCAUCUCGUCGUCGCCGCGAGCGCUUCCCACGUCUCUUACCAUCACCUGGUCUCUGAUCACGCACGCCACCCCGGCAGCCUUGCCAGGGCAAGAUCCAACUCCCGGUCUGGCGUCACACUUCCUGGCCAGCCUCAAAGCAGGAGAUACUCUGAAUUGCUCGGUACGGCCCGGCCAGCCUCGAUUCAGUCCGCCAGCAGACCCAAUCUUGACACCCACAAUCAUGAUCUGUGCCGGUGCCGGCCUGGCACCAUUCCGGGGCUUCGUACAAGACCGCGCAGAAAGAUUGCGCCAAAACCCGGACCUCGCCAGCAAGGUGGCCCCCGCGCUGCUAUACAUCGGCUGCCGCGCCCCGGAGCACGCGUUGUACGCCGCCGAGCUGCAAGGCUGGCAGGACUCCGGCGCCGUGGAUAUACGCCAUGCGUACUCGCGACAAGGGGCUCGGCCGGAUGACCACCUGGGCUAUGUGCGGGACCGGGUCUGGGCGGACCGAGACGAGCUUGUGCAGAUAUGGGAAGACGGCGCGAAGGUCUAUGUCUGCGGCAGCCGGGCCGUCAGCCACGGCGUUCGAGAUGUGGUGCAGAGGAUUUACAGAGAGCAGGCGGAGGAGAGGUGCGAGAGCAAGACCGAUGCUGAAGUUGAAGGGUGGUGGGUUGAGAUCCUGCGGGAUAGAUAUGCGGCAGAUGUUUUCUGA